CUCUCUGUCAAAUAAAUAAAUAAAAUCUAAAAACAAAAAAAAAGGAAAAAAAAAAGAAAUGGCAUCUCAAAGCUAUAGUGUAGCAUUGAAUAUAGGACAGCGUGCUUGUGUGCUGUUUCCUCGGUGUUGAGAAUGGGUGAGGUUUUCUUUACGUUCUCUCUUGAAAAACUGAUUUUUAAGUUUGCUUGUUAUUUUUGUCAUCUUUCUUAAAAUUAACCAAUAUCCAGUGAAUCAUGAGAGGAAAUUAAUGCUGAACAUUUAGCCUUCUAGCUAGAACUUCUUGUGCUACUGAAUUAGGAGUCCUCACUUGCCAUGCACGGUUAACAUACUUCCAUUCUUUAGCAUUGCUCUUUGUUCUUGAGGAAAAUGCUAUAAGAAAAUAGGAAUUUCCUCUCACCAUUACCCCUUUGGCAGUGUGUUUCAAUCUAAUUCCUGGUUGGCAUUCUGUCCCGGCUACAACCCCUUCUCUAAACUCCAUCUACUAAAAGGGGGAUUCCAGACAGACGAGGAAACAGCUUUCAAACACUGCACUGCAGGCAUAUUAAGUUAUUCCCCCACUGUGCAGUCGGGAAAUCAGGGACCACUUCUCUGGCGAUGAAUUCUAAUGAGCUGCUAAGGAUGCCGUAGGGUGUGUGCGCACAGGCGUUUUCUUUCCCCUCCCCCGCUUCUUCCUUUUCCCAAGCCCCCUCUUCUCCCCGUUUCCCCUCCUCCUCCUUUAUCCCCUCCCUGUGUGUCUCAGUUCUGCAGUAAACGGGGCUGAGGCACAUUCCUGCACUGCAAGGCUUUCUGUUAAGGAUGUUUUGUGGCUUUUGUUUGGAUUGCAGCAUGCAGAAUUACAGCUGUUCAGAGGAGACUCAUUACAACUCCUGCUGAAGCUCCUAAUCUUCCUCCCUUCUCUUCUGCCCUUACCCCUACCCUCAUUGGCCUGAAGACACUGUACCCAGAGUUUGGCUUACUUCCCUGGUGCUAUGUGUAUGGUAAACCUGGUACUAUGGCCACAUCUGGGACUGGCCAGACAACUGCUGCUGGUUCUCCCUAUUCCAAGAAGGAUUUAAAAGGGAAUUGUACUGCAGGCAAUGCACCAGAGCAGCAUCAGGAGCUUGGGGACUAAGACUCCUCUGGCGUUAUUAAAGACACACAGAGCUGACCGCAAUGACAGCAGCUGCUCCUUUGAACUGUUGGCAGCAGCCAAGCGGCAGCAUGAAGUGAGAGAUCACUCCCAAGCUCAAGAUGAACUCUACCUUGGAUGGUAAUCAGAGCAGCCACCCUUUUUGCCUCUUGACGUUUGGCAAUUUGGAAACUGUCGAUUUUUGCCUUUUGGAAGUGUUGAUUAUUGUCUUUCUCACUGUAUUGAUUAUUUCUGGCAACAUCAUUGUGAUUUUUGUAUUUCACUGCGCACCUUUGUUGAACCAUCAUACUACAAGUUAUUUUAUUCAGACUAUGGCAUAUGCCGACCUCUUGGUUGGGGUCAGCUGCCUGGUCCCUUCUUUAUCACUCCUCCACUACCCUCUUCCAGUCGAGGAAUCUUUGACUUGCCAAGUAUUUGGUUUUAUAGUGUCCGUUCUGAAGAGUGUCUCCAUGGCCUCUCUGGCCUGUAUCAGCAUCGAUAGAUAUAUUGCCAUCACUAAACCUUUAACCUAUAAUACCCUGGUUACGCCUUGGAGACUACGUCUGUGUAUUUUCCUGAUUUGGCUGUAUUCCACCCUGGUCUUCCUGCCUUCCUUUUUCCACUGGGGCAAACCUGGAUAUCAUGGAGAUGUGUUUCAGUGGUGUGCAGAGUCCUGGCAUACUGACCCCUACUUCACCCUCUUCAUCGUGGUGAUGUUGUAUGCCCCGGCAGCCCUCAUUGUGUGCUUCACCUAUUUCAACAUCUUCCGCAUCUGCCAACAGCACACAAAGGAGAUCAGCGAAAGGCAAGCCCGCUUCAGCAGCCAGAGUGGGGAGACUGGGGAGGUGCAGACCUGUCCCGAUAAGCGCUAUGCCAUGGUCCUGUUCCGAAUUACUAGUGUAUUUUACAUCCUCUGGUUGCCAUACAUCAUCUACUUCUUGUUGGAGAGCUCCACAGGCCACAGCAACCGCUUCGCCUCCUUCUUGACCACCUGGCUUGCUAUUAGUAACAGUUUCUGCAACUGUGUCAUUUAUAGUCUCUCCAACAGUGUCUUCCAAAGGGGACUAAAGCGCCUCUCAGGGGCCAUGUGUACUUCUUGCGCAAAUCAGACCAUAGCUAAGGACCCUUACACAGUUAGGAGCAAAGACCCCCUUAAUGGAUGCCAUAUCUGAAGUGGUUCAGACACACUGGGUCACUGUGGUGUGUAUGUGUGUUUGUGUGUUUCCUUUUUCUCUCUGUAUUCCUGUUGCACUAGGAAAUCUGGGACAAAAUAAUUAGACUCUAAGCAAUAGCAAACAAAUGAUCAUUCGAAAAUACCCUCUAAGUUUGCAGAAAUUAUUUUCUAAAAAGUGUUUUUGCAUCAGAAGAAUCAGGACGGUGAAGAUAAAUUGCUCUUGGUUCCAGGUUUUGCAGUGUCACAAAAAUGACUACAUUUUUAAGAUUUAAAAUAAAUAAAGCCAUAUCUAACACCUCUCUUCAACGGGCAUGACUGAACCUGGGUGUGAGAAGCGUCAGCAUUUUUAAAAAGUCAUUUUCUUGUUGCUUUUCUGGGUUCUUUCUAGCUGUUUGGGCUGCAUAUGCAAUUGAAUUCUUUUAAUGUGGAAUAUUAAAAACCAGUGAUGAAUUAACAGGAUUUAAAAUUUUUCUUUAUAUAUGCCAAAGUAGAACUACACUGCAAGUUUUAGCACUGUCUUUUAGAAAGCCAAAUGUUUCAUGUUUUUUACGUCUUAUUCUCAUGAGAGAAUUUUCAAUACAGUGAAAAAUGUGAACACCUAAACACUAAUUUUAAAAUUUUGCAGUGUACCAUAAAUGAAGCAAAAGUGCAGUCAAAUCAUGUAAUUUUUAUGAAAAAUUGAACUGCUCUCCGUGCCAUGCUUCAUGGAGAUCUGAAGAAACGUGUGCAUAGAAAGUGUUGUGGUGUUGUAUUUUUGCCCAUGCUUUUGUUUAUGUGUGUAUUGAAAAUAUUUGAAUUUAGAUUUCUCUUUACAGCAAAAUGUGUUUCAAUAAGCUGCAAAACAAAAGAUAGGUUAAUUGCUGCCAUUUUUCUGUGUAAUGGUGAAAACAUAUAAAAGUAAAUCUUUAGUCUUCUCUCUCUUUCUUUUUUUUUAAUCCAGAGAGUUUUGAAAUAUCAGAAUAUCUGGGAGAAAGGUGUCCUAAGCAACUGAGUCAGAAAAUAUACUGUAUAUUUAACUAGUACUCUUAGAAAAUAGAAGGGGAUUGAGAUGUUCUCUUUUUGGUUAAAUGGAAUCAACAAAGUAGCAAUCUAAUUCUUUUUAUAAGCAAUCUUUUUUAGUUAGUGUUAAGGAAUGCACAUUUGAAUGAGAGAAGGAGAAUGAGAAAGGACUUUAUUGCUGUUCUCUUUCUGAGGAAAAAAAGUCAUUUAGUAACAGUUCUUUACUUAGUCUUCCUUUUUUUUAAGCCAAAGUACUAGCAAAACCUAUAGGAUAUUAUUACUGUAACUGUAGAAUUAUUGAGAGUGCUGUAUAUUUGUGUGUACUAGUGCUGUUUUGUUCUUCGAGUGAUUAUCUUUAGAACAAGAAGUUUAUUUUUCUAAAAGGAGAGAAGGACUUCCCAGGAGCUCCAGGCAUGAGAGUAUUUCCUCUGCUUUUUCUACUGGUUUUAAUGUUUUGGAAGUCUUCAGGGGACUUACAUGAUCUCUGCCUUUGGCUAGAUGUUAUAAUCUGAAUACAACAAUGGUAUUCAGUGAGAUGGAAGAAACCCAAGGGAAAUGGGUUAAAGUGGCAUUUUGAAUCCAAGAAAGGACAUGGAUAUUUAUAAACCAGGGAGAUAGGCUUUGGGGGUUUUUUGUCAUAUAUUAGAAAACCUACCGCCCCGGUUUAAAGUGAAGGACAGCAGUCUUAGGAUUUAAUAAACCUUGAAUAUGUGUUCUACUUAAACUACUUAAUUUCAGGUGAAUCAGUGUUACAUAAACAUUGAAAUUUCAGAUUCUGAAUUCUUCCCAAAAGCUUGCUUGCUUGUUCUUUAUAUUUACUAUUAGAAAACUAGAUUCUAAGCUGUUUCAAUAUUUAGAACUCAUUAAAAUUGUAAGUUAUUUUAACAAUGAAUGGCUGUUAAAUUGCCAUUUGAAUUGGAAAACCUUUUCUCUUGGAUUCUGAAAAAUGGUUCUGUACAUUUCUCUUUUAUUUAUGGGGCACUAGAUCUAAAAAAACCAAAGUUCCCUUUUCAUACGUGUUGGAGAAUGUAACCUGUUCAGAUUUGCAUUUGCUUGUGAGUUUUUAGUUUAGCAAAAUGAGAAUCUCAAAGAUUUUUUUUUUAAUACAUAGAAAACGGAUGUUAAAUCAGUGGAUUUUUACUUUUGCAGAUGCUGAGCCCUUUUAAUUUUUUACUGCAAUGGAGUUCCAUCUUGUGAGAAAAGAGAAAACCCUUUGGUACAGAUCUUAGGAAAUUUUAUGGAAAAGAGAAAAUAUCUGUUUGAUUUUCUGGAAGUGGCUAAUCAAGCUGAUUUUUUUUUUUAAGAUUUUAUUUAUUUAUUUGACAGACAGAGAUCACAAGUAGGCAGAGAGAGAGGAAGGGAAGCAGGUCCCCCGUUGAGCAGAGAACCUGAUGUAGGCCUCGAUCCCAGCUGAAGGCAGAGACUUUAACCCACUGGGGCCACCCAGGCACCCUUCAAGCUGAUUUUUUAAUGACUCAGAAGACAACUCUUUUAAUAAGAGCUUUUGUUAACAGAUUUUUACAUUUCUUUUGUCCAAGUACCAAAUUUAGAUGUUAUUAGAAAUACUUUUUCACGUUAAAAUCUGUCACUGUCUCUGCCUAAAACCAAAGUAGAAACUAAGUAUGUGUAAUUUUAAAGAAAAAUUCUCCCACUCCCCCAGCUGAUACUUGCUUAAUAUCAGAUGUUUUUCCUGUUUAUCUUGUCUUUAUUGGACUAUAUAAGGUCUGCCUUUUCUUUUAGUUAUUAGUUCUUUUCUCACCUUCAGUGUCUUUACUGUUUUUUAAUUUUGUUUUGUUUUUUAAUUUUUAUUUUCUUAUGUGUGUACAUGUUGGGGGAUGAGCCUGGAUGUAAUCACUAAGUCUUUUUUUGUGUGUGAUACAUUUGAACAGUUUGUAUUUAAAUAACCUUUUCAUUCUGGCAAAUUUAUUGCAGCAUUUGAUUACGUUUGGUUUAAAUACCAAUCUGGCUAGUUCAGAAUGAAAAAAAAAGAAAAGUAUAUUUUUAGAUUCAAUUACCUUGGGCCUUGGCAAGACAGUGCAUUUAACUAUAUAUGGUAUACGACUGAUAGCAGAGGAAGCGUAAGCUUUUGGUGAUUGUGUUGAAAUUGUUUCAUAGUAAAUGUUCAGAUAAGACAAUAACUAAUUGUUAUGUUUGUAAAUUAGUUGUACAUGAUUUCAGAGGAGAUAUGUUUUGUUUUUCUCUUAGAACAGAAAAGCAGUUACAAAAAGACAAGUGGUCUACUUUAAUGAAAGAACUGUUUUACACCAGAAAGGAUAUUUAAAUUGUUCAUGGAUCUGCGCACUCCCACAUUCCAUUUUGGAAAGGGUUUUCUUUAAGCGUUAUUGCUUGAUAGAUUUCUUUUUGAGCCUUUUUAAGGGCUUUUCCUUUUUACUUGAAUAAUGGUCUUAGUGUUUUUAAAGAUUGGGAAAACUUGAAUUUUUGUACUAUAAAUGCAUUGUCCACUCUUUGAACUUGAAAUUGAAGUAACAGGGUUACAAGUUCCCAGACAGCAGAGUGGUUUCUGGGAGUGUUUCCUCAGCCUUUCAGGUUUGAUUGAAAAAUCUGUGCAGUGGCUUUGUGGGAAAUGUUUUAAUUUCACUGUGUUUUUGUACCAUAGAAGACUUGUGAAAUAAAUUAUUGGCAAACCAGAAUUUAUUGUUAUAUGAGCAAAUUAUGGUAAGAUUAAGAAUGGGAGAAUUGUGGCAUUUAUGAUUUUUUUAAGUCUUCACAAAUUGCUCUCUGUGUUGUUUUUGUAUAAUUUUUCCAUUUCAGGUUGAAGGAAACCUAAUUAUUUUAUAUUAAAUGUACACAUUAUUAAUACAUUCUGCAGA